AGGAGAAAGAAACAAAGCAAACGAAAUUUCAACGAGCUAGAAGAAAAGAAAGAAAUAUCGCCGAUUCUUCGCACGCUGAAUUCUCCAAAUCCCCCCUUCUCCUCAGUCCUCGCCGAAGACCCCAAUUCCGCCCCGAGGUUGGGGUCUCGUGGUUCCAGCGAUGCUAGAGCCGCAGAGCAUUCUCCGCGACGCCGGCGGCGGCUUCCCCGCCACCACCCUCGCCCCCCUUCUUGCGCACCCGCCGUUGCAGUCCGAGCCCUCGCCUGCGACCGUUGGCUCACCGGAGAUAACGGACGAGGAGAUCAACGCCGCCACCGCGGCCUGCUGCCGCAUCUGCCUGGAGUGCGAGUCCGAGCCUGGUGAUGAGCUGAUAUCUCCCUGUAUGUGCAAGGGGACGCAGCAAUUUGUGCACCGCUCCUGCCUUGACCACUGGAGGUCUGUUAAGGAAGGAACUGCCUUUUCACACUGCACAACAUGCAAGGCACGGUUCCAUCUACGGGUUGAAUGUCUGGAGGAUGACAUAUGUCGCAGAAUGAAGUUCCGGUUGUUUGUUGCCAGAGAUGUCAUACUUGUAUUCCUUAUUAUACAAGCCGCCAUCGCUGCCAUAGGUGGUAUGGCAUAUUUGCUGGAUAAAGAUGGUAACUUCAGAAACAAAUUUUCUGACGAUUGGGAUCGGUUUCUGUCAAAGCAUCCGGUUCCCUUUUACUACUGUGUUGGUGUGGUGGUGUUCUUUGUACUGGUUGGAUUUUUUGGGCUAAUAGUGCACCUAUCAUCUUUCAACAACAACGAUCCAUGCUUGGCUGGAUGCCAUAAUGGCUGCUAUGGGUGUGGUAUAGUGGAAUUACCUGCUUCAAUUGAAGCCUGUUUUGCUUUCGCUGUCAUCUUUGUUAUUAUAUUCGCCAUCCUUGGAGUUGCAUAUGGGCUCCUUGCUGCAACUCUGGCCAUCCAGAGGAUCUUGCAGCGGCACUAUCACAUACUUACCAAGAGGGAGCUGACAAAGGAAUAUGUCGUGGAGGACCUACCAGGUGGUUACACACCGCCAAAGAUGGAUCCGGAGCAUGAGCAGCGUCUGAAGAUGUUGCAGCUCAUGUAACUUCCACUCGUGCAAAUGGUGGACAGAAGUAUCGCAUCUUUUUGGUGCAUCAAUUACAUCAGCAUAUUGUAUAUAUUGUUGGGAUAAAAUAUAAGCAUAUUCAGUGAUCUGCAAGUCCAUGUAAUGACUACUGCUAUAAAUAGUACCACGGUUGAAAAAGGGGAAUCUCAUGCAAACCUAUUGAAGUUGACCUGCCGUGAAAUGGGGGAAAUAGGUACA